AUUACUUUGCAGUGAGCAUACAAUAUCAAUAUCAAUCGCUCUCAUUUCUUUAUCUUCCCUAUUAAAUAAUCACCCAAUGUCGGUCGCUUCGAUAGUAAAUACUCAUUUAGUCUUUCUCUACCUUUGACGAAGGAUGGUACCGCUGUGAAUGGAGUAUUAAAUUUCGUUGUAAUCGGAUUGAAUUACUUGUAGUCCCAAAACGAAGCCAACACCCAACACCCUAACUUAUAGAAAAAAAAACUGUAUGGUGGGACACGUAUUCCUAAGCACGAAUACAUAUAACAAAUAUAACAAGUACAUAAACGUGUAAUAUGAUUAAAAACAAAACAGUAUGCAUGUGUUUACAAAAGUAGUGACAAGUUCAGUGAAUUCAGUGACGUGCAAUAACGACUGUUUAAUUGAAACGGAGUUAACGCCAUUGAUCAGGAGAGACACGACUGAUGCUGAAACAUGGCUGCAAAGAGUUUUCAUCAUACCGCAGCGAUGGGUGAUGGCCAUCAUGGGCUUCCUGGCGGUGGCCAACGCGUACACGAUGCGCGUCUGCCUCAACAUCGCCAUCACACAGAUGGUGCGGAAGAAACCCUCGUCAGGGUCUGUGGACGACGGCUCCUGUCCCGCGCAGGACGUUGUCACUGACUAUACGUUGAUUGUGGAUGAUGCUGAACCUACAGGCUUUGACUGGGAUGAGCAAACCCAGGGUCUGAUCCUGAGUGCGUUUUACUACGGGUACAUCGUGACCCACUUGCCGGGAGGCAUCCUGGCUGAGCGGUUCGGGGGCAAAUACUCCCUGGGCAUCGGGGUGCUGAGUACCGCCGUGUUCACGCUCCUGACUCCGUGGGCCGUCGGCGCUGGGGGCGCCACUGGGCUCAUAGUCUUGAGAGUAUUUGAGGGGCUUGGAGAAGGUACAACAUUCCCAGCACUCAACGCGCUGCUGGCACGCUGGGCACCGCUAGGAGAGCGAGGCCGCAUGGGGUCGCUAGUGUUCGGAGGGGCGCAGAUAGGCAACAUCGCUGGCACUUACCUCUCAGGGUUGGUCAUCAACGAAACUGGCGAAUGGCAAUCGGUAUUCUACCUGUUUGGAGGACUUGGAAUCCUGUGGUUCAUUUUAUGGGCACUUCUUUGUUACAAUGACCCCGAAUCUCACCCCUAUAUCUCGGACAAGGAGAAGAAAUAUCUGGAAGAGGCAUUAGGAUCUCACAAGAGCAGCCAACCCAGCGCCAUUCCGUGGAAAGCCAUUUUCAUGUCGAUACCGCUAUGGGCACUGGUCUGUGCACAGAUCGGUCACGACUACGGAUACUUCACAAUGGUGACUGACCUUCCGAAAUACAUGACUGGAGUGCUCAAAUUCGACAUCCACCGUACGGGAACCCUCGCGGCUCUGCCCUACGUGGUCAUGUGGAUCAGUUCCAUUGUCUUCGGCUGGAUGUGCGACAAGAUUGUCAAGAGAAAUUGGCUCACGGUUACGAACGCGAGAAAAACUUUCACGACGAUAGCGUCGGUCGGCCCGGGCAUUUGCAUGAUCCUGGCGUCAUACUCCGGCUGCGACGCCCAGACCGUGGUCAUCCUCUUCACGGCAGCCAUGGGCCUCAUGGGCGCCUUCUACCCCGGGAUGAAGGUCAACGCCCUCGACCUGAGCAGCAACUACGCGGGAACCCUCAUGGCCAUAGUCAACGGCAUCGGAGCGAUCACCGGCAUCAUCGCACCCUACUUGGUCGGCCUUCUUACACCUGACAGCACUCUGGUGCAGUGGCGAGCAGUAUUCUGGAUCACACUGGUGGUUUUCAUCGUAACCAAUUUAGUUUUCGUCGGUUGGGCGUCGGGAGAGGAGGAGUGGUGGAACCGAACCACAGAGGACCCACGGAAGCAACAGGAGGCAGAAGCCAACAAGACUGUCAGUGCCGAUGUAAAGGUGUGAUGAUGAGAGGGACACAACUUAUGUGAAAUACACAAGUGAAAGCGAGACGAAACUAUGAAAGGUAGACUGGCUUGAAAGGUUCCAAGCUUAGAAAGUUUACAUUGUAUAUAGUAACGUUUAGCAUUUAAGGCAGACUUCCCGUUCCGCUGUUAGAAUGUUUUGUAAAUACGAUUAAGUACAAAAUGUUGUGAAAUCUGGGGACUGGCUGCCUCAGCCAGUGUUAUGUGAUAUUAUUGUCGUAAUACAACUAUUUAGAUCUAGAAAAUAACAGACUAAUGAGAUUUAAAAUUAGCUUUGAGCAUUUAGCUGCUCUAUGAAAGACUCUUGUUAUGUUAGAAUAAUUAAUAAGUAUUAUUAGAGGCAUCAGUAUACUGAACGCGAUAAUCUCAAUAUCUUACUCAAUUUAUC